GCGGCGUUUUAGCCCGGCGGGGCUGCCGCAGCGAGCGCUCGGUGCAGCAUGCAGCAGCCGGGGCGGCGGCGGCGGCGCUGAGCCCGUCCGGCUCCGUCCCUUUCGCUGCAGGCGCGGCCCCCGGCCCCGCCAUGGCCACCGACCUGGAGCCCGCGGCCGGGCAGCUGGAGGCGGAGGAGGACGAGGAGCAGUGGCUCUACGGAGAUGACAAUGGUAAGCCAGAAGAUGGACCAAUAUCUGGACACACCGAAUCUCAUCCAUUGCAAGACAUUCCUAAGGAGACCAGGAUGGUUAUCAGUGAAGACCAAGAACUGUUGCAGCAGACCAUCCCAAGUGGGGAAGAUGAGGAGGAGAGCGACAGUGACGAUGACAUUCGCGUCACGAUUGGCAACAUCAAGACUGGAGCCCCAUCUUAUUUGGGGACUCCAAUGAAUCUGAAUCUAAAAACGGGUCGAGGCUACGGAGCACCAGCAUCAGCCAAGUCACAGCCUAAAGGUAUUGAUUUAGAGGCUUCGGGGAAUAUUAACGGCUUGCCGGUAAUCGAGGUGGAUUUAGAAUCGUUUGAAGACAAACCGUGGAGGAAACCAGGUGCCGACCUUUCCGAUUAUUUCAACUACGGAUUCAACGAGGAAACAUGGAAAGCCUAUUGUGAAAAACAGCGCCGGCUUCAGCUGGGCCUGGAGCCUUCGGUCCCUGUCUGCACGGAAAAUAAGAUCACGGUUCAACAAGGAAGAACAGGCAAUGCCGAGAAAGAACCCGAGAACAACAUCGUCAAGAUGGAUUUUAAAACUGAUUUUGUUGCGCUCGUUGGCGGAAGGAUAAAAGCCGGGCCUCCUCCAAACAGGAAGCUGGGUGGGACAAUCGACGUGAUUGGUGGUCAGGCUGGCACCAUCCGGAGGGUGGAAGGAAGGCGACGCGACAAACACGCUUCUGAAGAAAACCCCAUUCAGGUACUUGGAGACCAUGGGAGCAAACCUCAGCCUGCUCAGCCCCCCCAGCAGCAGCCAUUUGUGCCCCCAGCAGGCCCACCUCCAGCAUUAAGUGGGCCUCCGCCCCACUUUCUCCAUCCUCCUCCGCCGCCGGUUGCCUCCGUCCCACCACCCCUCCACCCUCCAGGGCUGUUUCCUCCACCACUUGCUCCACCACCAGCUCUCUUGAUUCCAACUUUGGAUGGCCAGCCAGCCAGCUACAGCAACCGGCAGCCACCUCCCUUUGGCUACAACUCCACAGAUUCAGGUUUUAUCACCUACCCGCCCAUUUCGACGUCGCACACUCCCUGGGUGACCACAGUUGACAAGGCCUCCAGUGCUUCAGACAGCAGCCACUGGGAAUACUCGGGCUCAAGGAGAGAGAGAGACAGAGAGCGGGACCGGACACCCACCACGAGCGAAUAUAACAAUGACGAUGAGAGAUACCGUUAUUAUAGCCGGGAACGCAGUUACGAUUUUGAGCGCGACUAUCGCCGGAGUAGAGAUCGCAGCCGGGAGCGUGAAGAUCGUCACCGGGAAAGGAGGCACAGAGACAAAGAAGAGAGCAGCAAACAUAAAUCGUCACGGCGCAAGCAGCAUGAGAGCGAAGAAGGGGAGAGCCACCGUCGACACAAGCACAAAAAGAACAAGCACAGCAAAGAGAAGGAGGCGAGCGAAGAUGGACUUGCAGAAGGAAACGAACAGGAAGCCAAGGAGUAGCAAAUUUGGACCCUGCAACCAAGCGUCAUCCAAACAACGCUUCCAUUUUGGGUGACCGUCUCCUUCCUGGGAGAAGGUCUGCGACGACAGAGGCGCCCAAACGUGCACACAGGCUGGGUUGCCAACACGGAAAGCCAAACUGCAGGACUUUGAGGAGAGGACCCAAUCCAGCCCCUCUGGCCUCGAGUGGUUCUAUAUGCAGGCCAACCCCGUGGUGUCAGAUCCUAUGGCUUCUGAUGGGAGUCCGCUUCAGCAGGAAUGAAUGCAUUUAGCAGACUAGGGCAAUAUUUGGUAAUUAUUACGGUUUCCUUUUUUUUAAAGAAGCAGGACAGCAACCACGUGGAACUGUUUUGGUACGAGAAGAAACAAGUGUUAGGGAUCCUUGCCAGGCAAUCUGGCUCCUAUAAGCUAGUCCCAUUUCUCCUUUGCCCCUUAAUUGUAGCUUUGAACUUUGGACUUCAUUCAAGGGAAGCUUGACGGGAAAUCACAAGUCAGCCAGUGGAACACUUCUGCCCCGUGAAACGUUCAGUUUUUCUGAAGAGGCCAUUUCUACCUAGGCUUCUGGAGCCUUCCAGAUCGGAGAGUUUUAUUAUGACCAAGCUGAGUGGGUUUCGUGGUGAAUUUCAAUAGGGCCACCCUUUCAAAGUUGGCCUUAAGUAAUUUGACCCAAGCUACUUGCUGUGGCUUUCAAGAGCAUCCUUUUUUUUUUUUUUUUUUUUACCCAGACGAAGUUUAAAAACGUACGUCUCUGAGUCACUUUUCACAACUCUUAAAACACUAAAUGUAGGCAUAGGAUUCGUGGUUUCCGUUGGAAAAGAAUACGUGAGAGACUCUUAAGGACAUCGCUCUUUUGCGCACAUCCAUCCUUGCAUUAUCUUCCACCCAUGGGAAAAGUUUAAAAACACUUCCCUAAAAAAAAAUCAUUUCAAAUUUAUACUUAUUUUGUAUUGUAGUUAUGCGAGUUUGAGUGUUUAUAUGAAACUAACAACCUUGGACAUGUGAGCCAGUAUACCCAUUGUAUUUUGAUUUGUAUGCUAUGAUGGUGCAGUGAAUGGGUCAGUAACAGAAAAUAUGUAGGAAAGAAUUUUUUCUUUUUUUCUUUUUGAAAAUGUGAUUGGUUUCUGUGUGGUCAUGGCAUCUAGGACUCAGUGAAAGCAGCACUUAAUACUAAAUUUUACACUGCAAACUUAA